AUGAAUGGACCAAGACAACGUAUAAUUCCAAAUCAUCAACAUCCAUCAUCACCUAAAUCACCAAAUGAAAAUUUAAGUCAAUUUUCAAAACUUUUUUCUAGUGAUGAAGGUUAUCGAAUAUUAAACACAGUUUCAAGUGAAGAAUAUAAACUUCUUCAAGAUACAAAAAAAAUUCUUGAAGAAAAAGUCAAUUUAGAUAAACAAUAUGCUGAAAAUCUUCAACAAUUAACAGCAAAAGCUGAUCGUAUUGCGUGGCCAACAGAGCCACAUUUAAUUGCAUCUACUUGUCGUGAAAUUUUAAUGCAAUGGUCUCGUCAAGCAACAACAAUUGAUUCAAAUGCUGAUAAAUUUCGAAAUUUAGCACUCGAUGAUUUAAUAAAAAAUCUUCUUGAAUAUAAAUCGGAUUCAAAAAAAUUUCUUGCAGAUCAAAAACGUCAAUAUGACUUAGAACAUCGAAAAGCUGAAAUCGAUGUAGCUGAAGCUGAAAAACAUUAUUCAGAUGAAGCAAAAUCAUUUGUGACAAAGAAUAAUGAAUUAACGAAAGCUGUUGCCAGUGCUGGAAUGAAUGAUGGUAAUCGAAUCAAUAAUAUAAAACGUUCAGUUAUUGAAAAACGAAAUAAUGUAUAUCAAGCUCAUAAUGAAUAUGUUCUUGCAGUACGACAAUAUAAUUUUAUUGAUGAACAAUAUGUUCGUAAAGUACGGAGUUUACUUGCCUAUCAUGAAGAAAUUAAUUUGAUUAUUAAUCGACAAUGGUUAAGUUUAUUAGAAGCUAUAAUGAAUUAUGAUCGUCAUAAUUCAUUGACAAAUAAUGAAUCUUGUUCGAUUGAUCCAAGUCAUUGUUAUGAUAAUAUAUGUCAAAUACAUUCAAAUAUACCAUUAUUAACUACAAAACCUAUUGUAUUUAAUACUUUAUUACUUCAAAUAUCUGGUUUAACAAAUCUCAAAGAAAAUCAAAUUAUUGUUGAUGAUACAACAAUAAAUGAUUCAACAAUUAAUUCAUUAGAUAAAAAAAUUCAAAUGUUAACCGAAAGUGUAAAUAGAAAUAAUAAUGAAUCAUCAACUAUUCUUCAACUUAUAAAUCAAUUUCGACCUAAAGAAACAACUUAUUAUGGACGAAAAAGUUUAUUUGAACAAGAACAACAAGCAGAAAAUUUACAAAUGAAAAUGGCAUGGGAAGAAACAUUAAAAAAUGAUCUAGAUGAUGUAUUAGAAGAUUGUGGAUUUAUACGUGAUAAUUUACCUUAUCAAGAAGCUCAAGCUAGUUUAUCAGAUAAACUUGAAGAUCAAAUGUAUUUUCAUGGUAUUAUGCCACGUGCUCAAAGUGUUACUCUUUUUACUGAACGUGGAGAUUAUUUAGUUCGUAAGAAUCAUGAAGGUAAAAUCGUUUUAUCGAUUUUUUGGAUUGAUCCAACAGAUACAAAUAAAUUAAAAGAUGGACAUUUUUUUAUUUAUGAAAAAAAUAAUAUGUAUUAUUUUCAAGAAAAUAGUGUUAUGAAACCUACAGUUUCAAAAUUAAUUACAUAUUAUACACGACAAAAAUUAGAAUUACGAAAUGAUGGAACACGAUUAAUACGACCAAUAGAAAGACCAGAUUAUAUUAUUAAUGAUAGUGAUAUUAUACUUUCUAAUUCAUCAUUAGGCUCAGGUCAUUUUGGCGAAGUAACUCGUGGUGAAUAUUGUGGUACUCCCGUUGCUGUCAAAUUACUUCGUUCAAUAAAUGGCCCAUUACGUCCAGAAGAUCGACAAAAUUUUAUUAAUGAAGCUCUUCUACUCAAACGUUUUAAACAUAAAAGAAUUGUUCAGUUUAUUGGUAUUGCUGCAUAUCGUGAGCCACUUAUGAUUGUUAUGGAACUUGUUGAACAAGGAAGUUUGAGUAAUUAUUUAAAAGCAAAUGAAUUACGUGUAUCACAAUUAACUCAAAUGUGCUAUGAAAUAGCUAAAGGAAUGGCUUAUUUAGAAAGUUGUAAUGUCAUUCAUCGAGAUUUAGCAGCUCGAAAUUGUCUCGUUGAUAAAAAUGGACGAAUUAAAGUUGCUGAUUUUGGUCUUUCACGUUGUCUUCAAGAAGAUGAUGUAUAUUUUACUCAGAUAAAAGAAUUUCCUUUACGUUGGUGGGCUGUAGAAGUUUUAUCUAAAGGACCAUAUACAAUUAAAUCUGAUGUUUGGUCCUAUGGUAUAACUAUAUGGGAAAUCUUUUCUAAAGCAGCAUUACCAUAUGCACAUUAUCAACAUAAUCAUUUUGUUAUUGAUGCUGUAAAACGAGGUGAACGUCUUAAACGUCCAGAUAAAUGUCCAGCAAAUAUCUAUGCAAUAAUGUCUAAUUGUUGGCUUUUAACUCCAAAAGAUCGAGCCAGUUUUAAAGAGAUUGUUGAAAUUUUACGAAAAGAAAAAUCUAUUUUACCAAAAUUUCCAUUUUUCAAUUCAUUAAGAUAA